AUGGAGGACAGCAGCACCACCCAGAGCAGCUCCAUUGGUGCUGUUCGCUGGACAUUGCCUGAUGAAAGUGUCCAGAUUCACAGCUCGGCUCCCAGCAUACCCGCCAAUCCCAACAACCUCACAAAACACUCACAGCAACUCUCUCGUCAGAGCAACCUGAAGGACCUCCGCAGCCUGCAGGAGUGUGUGCAGUUCAUCCAUCACUGGAAGGAGCAGGUGGACCAAGUCUGCAAGGAUGACAAAAAUACAGGGGAAGAUGCAAGUGAGAAAGAGGCCCAGAGUUCAGAUCGGCGUGCUGAACGCAGUCUGGAGGAGAGCAGGAAGCUCAUCCUGGAGUGGGCUGAUGAGCUUCACCAUGUUGAUAAGCUUCUGAAAGCAACCCCCUGGGCAUCUGAGAAUGAAGAGAGUAAAAAUAAAGAAGACAAGGAUGCCAAAGAGGAGGCACAACUGAGGAUCAUGGAGUGGGCAAAAGAGCUGCACAAGGCAACUGAGAGCUGCGGCGUGCAGAGUGAUGAGCUUGGUAAAGUGUUGCGUCUGCUCGGCCUGAAGAAAAAACGACUGGUCAGGCUGCUGCCUCUGCUGGAGUUCAUCACCUGGUCUCUGCUCAAGGAAGAAAUGACAAUGAUCCCACAGUUAUGGUUACUGGCAAAGCAAAGGACCUGGAAGGCAGGAAUUUCAAGAUACAUCCCUAACUCAGUUUGGAGCUGGAUUUGCGGUGCAGCAGCUGAUGUCAUUCUUGACCCCAUGACAAACCAUCCCUGGCUUCAGCUUUCAGACGACCACCGUAAGGUCCAGGAGGGUAUCUCAGAGUCCGACCUGCCUUCCAACUCCCAGCGCUUUGACAGCUGGCCCUGUGUGCUGGGCUGGGAGGGCUACAACAGUGGUCGCCACUACUGGGAGGUGGACAUAGCCAACAAUGGCUACUGGCGUAUUGGUGUGACCACUGCCGACUCAAAGCGGCAUGGACACUUCUCCAUGACUCCAAAGCACCGCUACUGGACCCUGUGGCGCAGCACACAUAAUUUCUAUGCCUGCAGCAAGCCGGAGACACAGCUGCCCAUCAGCCUUGUGCCCCGUCGUAUUGGGGUCUACUUAGACUACGAGGAAGGCCAGAUCUCCUUCUACAACGCAGAGACCAAAUCUCACAUCUACACCUUCACAGGAACCUUUACAGGGAAGCUGUACCCCAUGCUGGCGCCAAUGGAUGGCCGCACACUCCUGACUGUCAUUGAGCCACACAAAAUCUCAGUAACAUAA